AUGCCAGGCAAAACAGCCACCACCCCUCGCAUCACCAAGUUUACGAACUGUCGCAUCUUGCGAGGUUCAUCCUUGGUGGAGCAGGAUCUCUGGAUUGACUCGCUGUCCGGGAAAGUCCUCAAAGACCAAGAGGCGUUUUACGAACUACAUCUCUCCCCCGAUGAGAUUAUCGACCUUGGUGGCCGUAUUCUGGCCCCAGGUCUGAUCGACGUGCAACUCAACGGAGCGCAUGGCUUUGACUUCUCCGUACCAUGUGAAACGAAGGAGAAGUAUGAUGAGGGUCUGCGAAUGACGAAUCACGGACUAGCUCGCACUGGUGUCACUUCAUAUCUACCUACUAUCGUGAGCUCGACACCCGAGGUUUACUGGAAGGUUCUCCCCUCCCUUGGCCCAACCGCCGCUACCCAUAUCGCUCAAGAUGGCGCAGAGUCGCUGGGAGCCCACGUCGAGGGUCCAUUCAUUUCGCACGGUCGAAACGGCAUCCACAAGUCUGAGGUGCUACUUGCCGCGCAGAACUUCGAGGAUCUACUUCACUGUUACGGUGCUGAUAACUUGGGCACCGAAUGCCCUAUCAAGAUGAUCACUGCCGCUCCGGAAGUCGGCAACAUGAUGGCUCAGAUCCCUGAAAUCACCAAGCGCAACAUCAUCUACUCAAUCGGACACUCGGACGCUACCUACGAACAGGCUGUCUCGGCUACUCACCAGGGUGCGCGAAUGAUCACCCACCUGUUUAACGCUAUGCGCCCCUUCUACCACCGUAACCCCGGUAUCUUCGGUCUGCUCGGUCAAAGCGAGCGUCGCCGUCCCUACUACGGUGUAAUUGCUGAUGGAAUUCACUUGCACCCGACCUCCAUCAAGAUUGCAUACAACGCCCACCCCGAGGGUUUGAUUCUCGUUACUGAUGCUAUGCGCUUGUGUGGUUUGCCCGACGGUGUUUACGAGUGGACUAACGGCGAGCGCAUUGUGAAGACUGGCGCUCGUUUGACUCUGGAGGGUUCUGAUAAGAUUGCUGGAAGCUCUGCAACUCUGAUCGAGUGUGUUAACAAUUUCCGUCGCUGGUCAGGAGCCUCUACAGCGGAUGCCCUCAAUACCGUCACUGCUGUUCCUGCUCGACUUCUCGGCCUCGAGGGAGUGAAGGGAUCCCUGGAGAGUGGUGCGGAUGCGGAUCUAGUUGUUCUGGGAGAGAAGGAGGACGCCUACUCUGGAUCGACCUUGACAGUUGAUCAAGUGUGGAAGUUCGGUGUGAAGAUUCAUGAUGCCGAGAAGACUGUCGGGGUCUAA